AUCUCUCACAAAUCACUCUCAAAAUUCCCUCCAUUGUUAUGAAAAGGAAACAGGGCAGGGAAAUUUAUAAUCCAGGAAGACCAACCCGGACUCCGUUUGGCGCGGCUCCGAUGGUCGCCGCCGGCGCCUCAGCCGCCCCCACCGCCGCGGUCAUCCCGUGAGUCCUCGCCCCGCCCCCUCGCCUAGGGUUCGAUCCGCGCGCCGGAAUCCUCACGCCCCCUCUUAUUUGUUUCGUUACCAUCCAUUUCCCGUCUCCAAUUUUCGUUCGCUCGAUUUGCUCUCGUUGCAUCUGAGUCUGCCCCCCGCGGAAUGGAUUGGGCGCACGAGCAGGGCGUGAGCUUGCCGGCGCCGCGAUCCGAGCUCCACCCGGGGCGGAUGCAGUACCAGCACGGCGGCAGCCGCAGCCGCAUGCCGACGUUCGCGCGCGGCGGCGGCGCCUAUGGCCGCGGCCCGAAGCAGUUCUACCCGCCGCCGCCUCCCCUCCCGGCGGCCGCGCUGCCUCCGCCACCGCCGCUGAACAAGUAUGAGGUGCUCUUGGAGGCCGGCCGCCUCGCCGCAGAGUACCUGGUGGCGAAAGGCGUGCUCCCGCCGGGCUCCCUGCAGCAGCGCGGCGGCGCGGUCGGUGCCGGGGGAUGGGGCCAGCUGCCGCCCCCUCCUCCGCUGCCGGCAGGGCAUGAAGCCCCAGCGUACUACAACGCCAGGAGUGGCCGACGGCAGGUCGAUGAUGAGUGUGGUACUCGAAACGCCCGCUCGCGGCGGAGCCGUGGUGGCGAUUACAGUAGCGGCAACAGCAGCAACUACAAUGGAAGGUGGAAGAGGAAGUUUGGGGCUGACAAUAGGUAUUCGGAUUUGGGGAGGAAUAGGGGUAGGAGCAGGGGAUAUUCAGAUUCACGGAGUUAUGAUGAGGACGAUGAGGAUGGGGCUCCUGGGUUCAAACGGGAGCGGCGAAGCAGUGGUGGGAUUGAUGAGGUUGGGAGUAGCGUGUCAGGGGUGGCUGGGGAGGGGCCAUCAUCGAAGGUGGAGGCGAUGGGGGAGUCGGAACUGGAGGAUACUGGAUCAAAGGCUAGUUCUAACAGCAAUGUUCGGCAGGAUGAGAAAGCUGAUGCUCCGCAUAAGGUGGAGGAUGAGAAUGAGGCAAAUAAAAUGCAGGAGGACAGUGUGGUGUCUAAUUCAGAGGUAGUGGAGCAAACAUUGAAUUGUGAGGGUAAUGGCAACAAUGAUUCUUCUGGUGUUGUUCAAGAGGCUGAGACAAAACAUUUGCCAGUAUCCUCAGGUGAAAAAGUCUCAGAUGGGAAGCCUGAAGAUUGUGGCAUUCUGAGUGAGAAGGUUGAAGAUGAUAAGACUUUGCUCGAGAAGGCUGAAGAUGAUACGACGUCAGAUGAAGUCUCCGUUAUGGAGAACAAUUUACCUAAUGAUCCUAGAAAUUUGCUAAACUAUUGUAGUUUUGCAAGAGUUCCAACAAGACUGCGAUCAGUGCUUGCAAACAGGAAUGCACGACCAGCCCAAAGAGAAUUUCCUGUGUCUGGACAGGUCAGUCUGGUUACCACUGAAGAAAUGUCCCAGACGGCAAUGGAUGGGGAAGCUAACACCAACUCCAUGACUAGUAUCCAGGAAGACAGCAAAGAUGAGGUGGUCAGACAAGAACAUGCCGAACAAAGUACUACCUGUAAUCAUGUGGCAGAAUCACUGACAUUCAAUGAAAAGGGAACACUAGGUGAAACUGAAGAGAUGGAAGAACAGAAGAACAUCCCUCAACAUUACGGACUCGAGGAUAAUAAGGAGCCCAAUGAACUGUCUCCAUUUGUUUCUCACCAGAAUAGCUUCAGUUUGCAAGUUGAGAAAGGAAUUCAAAUUUACAAUUUAGAUACGCCACCACAGGAUGAAGUGUUGAUCGAUCCACCCGAUAAAGGAAAAACAGUUGAUUCGGAGUUAUUACCUAAUAUCAAAGCAGAAGCUGCUGUCACAAUUGAAGAGGAAAAGCUUGAUCAGUCUAGCUCAUUUAAAAUACGUGAUCUCAACCUGGUUGGUAGUCCAGAGGUUGCUGACAUGCGAGCUGAUCCUCGUUUAGGCCAAAGCUCCGCUGCUGGAUGUUCAGUGGAGCAACAAGAUACCCAGCAAGUUGACUUUGGAACAACUCUCGGUAACAAUUUAAGUAGUACUGACACAUUUAUAUUGGGAAAUAAGGCAGUUCAAGUUAUUGACAUCGAAGAUGACCCACCAAUUGAAGCUGUUGCUUGUGACACUUCAAAAGCAAAAGGUGAAAUGGUGUAUUCUAGCAUGGAGAACAUGACGAACCCGCCCACAAACACCGAUGCCCUUCAUGGUAUCCAAGAUGGUUAUAGUCUUGGGAUUUCAGAUUACCUUGGUGCUGAUAUGCCAUGCUACCAAUCAAUACAAACAGAUCUUCAAGCUGGGAUGGACCUAAAUGGUUCAGAGGGCAUAACUGUCAUGGAUGAUCCAAUAUAUAGUUCUCUUAGCGACAUAGGUUUUAUGGAGGUUUGGGACCAGCAACCUCAUGACUAUGAGAAGUUCUUCUGAGGAAUGAACUUGUGUUGCUGAAACUGUCGCAGAGUUUGACAGAUAAAUAGAGUUACACAACACUUGCAUAGACAGAAAUAAAGCAGCAAUUGUGCCAAACACAUAUAAUUCCACAUGCCCAUGCGCCAGCAGCAUGUCAAUGCAUAUUCCAGGCCAUAUUGGCACUUUUGUGAUACCAGGGUCCGCGUCAGAAUGCAGUAGACUUUCACUUGCCCUGGCUUGUUACCCGACACAUAACACACUUGUGUAAAGCGCUGUCGUAUAGCUGUCUGUCAUGUAAUUCAAGGGAAAUUGAACCCAAGCCCGAUAUUCAUCCCAAACAAUUCGUCAUCUGUAAACAGUUCAAUACUCUGCAAAAUAAAUGGUUUAUUUUGUUGUA